AUGGGUAUGAAUAUCCAUGAACGCGACUACGACAAUCGGACCGCUUUGCAUGUGGCAGCUUCCGAAGGAGAUCCUGUCUGUCUCAAAUAUUUACUGUCCAAAUGGAAGGAAUCUCCUGAUCCCCGGGACCGUUUCGGUCGAAGUCCACUGGACGACGCGAAAUUUUUCAAGCACCUGGAGUGCGUCGACAUCCUCAAGGCGGCCGCUGACAGAUGGAGGAUCGCUGAAAAUUCCUCUACCACCGACAUAUCAGACACAACCAACUCG